CCAAGUGAGCGCUUUUUAACCUGAAGAAGCAAAAGACGAAACAAAAAACAGAAAACACAAAAUGCAAACUCAACUGUUCUUGAUAACGUUUGUCGUAUUAGCAUCAUUUCUCGUACAUCCUCGACUCUGUUCUCCUACCUGUAGUUUCCCGGCGAUCUUCAACUUCGGCGACUCUAAUUCCGACACAGGAGGUCUCUCUGCCGCCUUCGGACAAGCCCCUUACCCGAAUGGCCAAACCUACUUCCACUCACCUUCCGGUCGGUUCUCAGAUGGUCGACUCAUCGUUGACUUCAUAGCGGAGGAGUUAGGCUUGCCAUACCUAAACGCUUUCCUAGACUCCAUCGGCUCAAACUUCAGCCAUGGUGCGAACUUCGCCACCGCUGGAUCCACCGUCCGGCCACCGAACACCACCAUUUCUCAGAGCGGUGCGAGCCCAAUCUCUCUCGACGUUCAGUUGGUUCAGUUCUCAGACUUCGUCACUCGAUCACAACUCAUUCGCAACCGAGGUGGCGUGUUCGGGCAUUUACUUCCGAGGAAAGAGUAUUUUUCUCAAGCAUUGUACACAUUCGACAUUGGUCAGAACGAUCUCACUACUGGAUUAAAACUCAACAUGACAACAGAUCAGAUCAAGGCUUACAUUCCAGAUGUUCUCGAUCAGCUGUCUAAUGCCAUUCGUAAGGUGUAUAAGAGUGGAGGAAGAAGAUUUUGGAUACAUAACACAGCUCCAAUUGGUUGUUUACCUUAUGUUUUGGACCGGUGGUCCGUACCGGCAUCUCAGAUUGAUAAGCACGGUUGUGCAAUUCCGCGCAACGAGAUUGCUCGGUAUUACAACUCAGAGCUCAAAAAGAGAGUGGUUGGGUUAAGAAAAGAUCUGUCUAAAGCUUCAAUCACUUAUGUUGAUGUCUACUCUAUCAAGCUUACUCUCAUCACUCAAGCCAAGAAACUUGGUUUUAAAGAUCCUCUGGUUGCUUGUUGUGGACAUGGUGGGAAGUACAACUUCAACAAACUCAUCAAAUGUGGAGUUAAAUAUAUGGUGAAAGGGAAAGAGACUGUGCUUGCUAAGUCUUGUGACGACGUGGCGGUUAGAAUAAACUGGGACGGCGUGCAUUUCACUGGAACUGCAAACCGUUGGAUCUUUCAGCAGAUAAACAGCGGAGUGUUUUCAGAUCCUUGUAUUCCUCUCAAGUUUGCCUGUACAAGAUAGAUAUCAAUCAUAUGGCUAAAGUGCCCUUUGAAAAUGGGGACAGAUAAAUUUGCUUGUAUGUACCAUUUGCGAAAUCAGCUCACGAAAAUGAAAUGGCAACUAUAUAUAUAAUAUUAUAUUUGAA